AUGGGAAUCGUUGAGCAAGUAGCAUGGUGCAGCAAAGCAGAGUGGCUUGAUGUCUACAGUAAUUUACAGAGAGAUAGAAGCGCAGUCCUACGCCGCUUGCAGCUCUGGGAGCAAAGAAUCGGUGCAGAUCUUCCAGUAGCAAUCGUGGCCACAAUUGCUGCUCUUACUGGGCUAGAAGAAAUUCGAAACAAUAGGGAUAACCAAGGAACGAUGUUCUGCGCCUCCGGAGCGUUGGUACAAGCAGUGGGAGUGAUAACAGAGCGCUACAGGGAGGCGAAUCUGCCGAUUCAUGUGCUCGCUGCAGAGAUUGGAAUACCAGAUUGGGUUACGAACUUGAGGCACCAAAUUGCGCAUGGACCGUGUCAGUCGUCGAUUGAAACGCUAGAAGACGCAUUGGAAGCAGUUUACGAAGCAUUAACGACAGAUGCCAAGUCCUACUGGGUCCUUCAAAAAGAAGACUACGACAAGCAAAAAAGCGAGAUCAAGAAAAGACUAUCGAAAGAUGAAGAAAAGGCUUUGAAGUUUCUUGCAAGGAGAAUAGUAGAAGUUGAUCAAGAAGGACUAAACUCUCUCUUCAACGAAGCUGCUGAAAUUGUGGCUGAAGAAAAGUACCGUCAGGUGCUUUCUGAACAGCUUGCUCGUCGAUACUCCUCGUUGCCAAGAAUAGUUACGCCGAUCUGGAGAAGUGGUUUCAAAAGAAUGAAGAUUUCAAAUCAGCUCGUGCUCGAUUUGCUGCGAGUUUUGAAGCUUCAAGACGACUGUGGAAGAAAACCGGAUAAAAAGUUGAAAGAAUGGAUUCAUGCACUGCUUGGAGACUGCAAAGAUGUUGAUUCAAAUUGGAUGAAAACGGUUUUGGAGAUUAUUUGCGAAAGUUUGGAUGAGUCUAGCGGGGGCUUUAUCAAAGCACUUGAAAAGGUUGUGGAAAGCUCGAGUCGGUUGGAGCAGAGAGAAAAGACUUUUUUCCUGAAAAAGCUCAUAGAGAUAAAACGAGUGUUCAACGCCAUGUCAAGUCAACAGAAAAUCUCGUUAUUUUCAAAACGUAGAACUGUGGUAUCAAAAGAAGAAAUCAAGGAAGAGGAUAUUUGGAAAACAGCCGAACACUUGCUUCCUGAUACGAAAGAACGUGUUUAUAAACAACUCUGCCAGUAA